AUGUCUCUUACUCCCCAGGAGAUUGUCAGUGUGGCGGACCACUUGUAUCUGAGUGGUCUGUUUGGCAUGGUCUCCUCUUGCCUCGUCGUUUACGACUGGUCACUCCUUUUCAACGAUGAACUUGAAACAAUCUACCAGUCGAGGUGGUCCAUUGCAAAGGUCCUCUAUCUUUAUAUACGCUUCAUUACACCCCCAGGCGUCAUCUUCAACACCUUUCAGCUCGCGUCACCAUUACGGUUCGACCUCUCCGACAAGUUUUGCUCUAUAUGGGCAAACGUCAAUGUCUUCUUCAUGUUCUCCUGCCUUAUGGCUUCCAAUGUCCUCCUCACGCUCAGACUCACAGCUCUCUACGCCCGUCGACCAUUUGUAGUCUGGUGCCUGCGCGUUUUCUUCCUCCUCUCCUAUGGCGCAACACUCGCGUUCCUUGGUGUCUCAAUGUACACAUACGGAGAUACCAUGUACUACGACAAACAUGUUCGCACUUGCGGGUCCCUCGGUCAUUCCGCGAUGAUGCCAGCCAUCUUUUACGCCCCCGCUGCUUAUGAGUUCACCAUUUUCGCCCUCACUGCCUGGCGCGCCUGGCAAGACAACAAGCUCUCCAGCAAUGUUCUUCAUCUACGCGCGUCUUCAACGCCGUUCCUUACAAUGCUUUACCGAGACGGAGCGGUCAGCUUCCUCGUCAUGGUCAUAGUCCGAGGCUGGAACAUCUGGAUUUAUGUUACACAGCCGUUGAGUAGUUAUAAUAUGGGGACCUGUCUUAUGUGGGCUACCAGCACAGUUCUCACUACCCGCGUCUACCUGAACCUCGUCUUCCUCAUUAAGCAACCGACCUAUGGUGGUUCCAGUGGAAUACCACCGGUACACCAAAGUGACCCAAGCCACCUAAUUGCGACCAUUCACGCGCCGACGUAUCCUCAUGGCCCAUCUCCUACUCGAAGUUCGUUUGCAUUCUCGCAGACAAAAGUCGCAUUCUCUCCCGUAUCCCCGACACGAAAUUCGUUUUUACCUCGUGUCGGUGGCAGUCACCAUCAUUCGGACGGUGGAGAAGUGAUUCCACUCAGUUUCCAUCCCCUGGAGGGUCAAAAGGGCACGUCAGAUCGGGACGGUAGAUUGACACCACGGUUAAAAGGCAUUACACCGGCUCUUCGAUUCACCCGUCCCUCGUCCUCGUCGCUACCUGCCAAAGGACCAUAG